GACGCGGACAGGAAGAAAGCGGAAGCCCACCGGUUCACAGCUCGAGGUGCAAGUGGCAGUAGCGUCACCUUCGUUCGACGCACGAGCCGCGCGCUGCACGUCCGGCAGGGCACGCGCGCCGUAUCGAGAUGUGCCCCGGGUUCUGCCUCCCUGGUUGAACUUGUCAAAAUGGAGGAAGAGGAGCAGCUGCGGCCCUUCAUGUUCCUGAUGACUUACAUGCUGCUGAAGCGCAGGAGGGACUUGAACUACGCAAACAGUCAGAGGCGGAAUGAGAUCCAAAGACGCAUCAGACAUCGGCAGUACUUCUUCCAGCGACAGAGGAGGAUGCUCAUGAUGAUGAUAGCAGCAGGUAUCCGCUCCAACGUUCGCAUCCGCACACGCCCCUGGUCCACCACUCCAAGCACCGAUUGGUGGGAGCGGGUGGUGAUGACGGAAUUCCAGCCGUCUGAUUGGCUGGACAGGUUCCGCAUGAGCAGGGAGACGUUCCUCCACCUCUGCAACGAGCUGAGGCCUCGACUAACCCGCCAGGACACCAGCUUCCGCCUGGCCCUGCCGGUUGAGAAACGGGUAGCGGUGGCUCUGUGGCGCCUGGCGUCGAACAUCGAAUACCGCACCAUCAGCACCCUGUUCGGUGUGGGGAAGUCCACCGUGUGCAGGUGCGUUAGGGACAUGUGUCACGCGAUUGUUGCGCUCCUCAGCUCCACUUACCUGCGGCCCCCCAGUGAGCAAGAGCUGGAUGAUUCAGCCCAGCUCUUCAUGUCCAAUUGGGGCUUCCCUCACUGCGUCGCUGCCGUAGCAACACUCCACACUGCCAUCAUCACGCCGUCGAACAACGCAGCGGACUACGCCAACCCCGCUGGCUGGCUCUCUGUGCUUUCUCAGGUGGCGGUCAGCGGCCGGGGGACAUUCUGGGACGUGUGCGCCAGUUUCCCUGGCGGUACGGACCCGGCUGACAUCUUCCAGAACUCUUCGCUGUGGGCCACCGCUGCGGAUGGCGGGCUGUCACCUGACCCGCCAACGACCUUCAUGGGAAAACCGCUCAGGUAUGUGCUGCUGGGGGAGGCCUGCUACCCUCUCCAGAGUUGGCUGAUGAAGGCCUAUCCCGAGGAAAAGGACAGGAGAGCCAGCCACGCAGCGCUGACCAAGCCGCAGCGGCUCUUUAACCGACGGCUCAGCCGAGCGCUGCGUGUCUCCGAGGAGGCGCUCCUGAGGUUGAGGGCACGCUGGCAGUGUCUGAGCAAGAGGAACGACUGUGGGCUGGACGUGUUGCCCACCAUGGUUCUGGCAUGCUGCAUUCUGCACAACAUGUGCGAAGCCCACGGCGACGCCUUCGAGGCAAAGUGGCAGGCGGAGGUGGCCGAGGCGGAGAGCCCACAGCCCAGACACGAGCAACUUCCCUCCACCUGUAUUGACCAAAAGCAUGCGGAUGAGGCCCGAAAGCUCUUCUGUGACUAUUUUGAGGAACAGAAUAAUUGAGGAAGUUGUUAUUGAAGUCCUAAUAAACAUCUGAGGGUAUACUAUUUAUUUUUUUAGUCACACAGUGCUGUGACUGUUCACAUUUUCAUUGUUGCAUUGAACUCAUAGUGGAACCUAAAUGAACCAAGUAAAGCAAAGACUGAAUAAAGCUAAAUGUGACAAAGCCAUCAUGGGGGGGGGGGAAAUAUUUUUGAUUGAGGAAGGAGCAUGAUUUUUACUUUGGUGCCUUCCUCCUAAAAACUGCAUCUGUCCUGUUUUCUUUUAUUUAAUCUAUCAAGCAAGUAUUCUUUUGUGUAUUAAGUGUCAUAGAAUGUUGAUGUUCACCAUUACUCCACGAUAGGCUAACUUUUCAUUUUGUAUAUUUGUAUGUACUGCAUCAUUGGAUAAAGAUUCCUGAUUGGUUAACAAGGGUUAGUAUACACAUUUUCAUCUCAUCUUUAAAUCUGUUGGGUAGUCACCAGUGCGUACUGUAAACAUGUGUUACACAGUUGUUAGAAAAUGUAAAAAAGAAAGAAUUGAAGCUACAUUCCUAGAAACCAAGAUGGACAUUGAAGAGGCGUUAUGUGCAAUUCAUCUCUAACGCCACCAGAUGUCACUGCCACUACAGCACAUGGCCAUCGUUUAUGUUCGAUGGUGCUUGGAUUAUACUGCAGGUUAUAGAUUAGGAUUGACUCCUUAUUGACGUGCAUGUUGUCUCCAUGAAACACUAUGAAAACUGAAAAACA